AUGGCAGCAGAGACUAGCUCCUCCGGCGCUGUGGCCGAGUGUCGGGUGGUGGUCGAGGCCGGCGAGGAGUUUGUGGACGGCUGGGAGGUCGUCUCGAUUAACCAGUGGGACGUGGAGCAGGUGCGGGUGCUGAUUCUGUCGACGGCGGCGCUGUAUCGGAUCAAGUACAAGGCAUCGAGCGGAGAGAUCCUCCACCAUCAUCGCCAGCCGCUCGACGACAUCUGCAGGAUCCAGAUCGGCCGGUUUGUGUUUGGCACCUUUGCGGUGGCACGGCUCUUUCGAUCAGCAGCCGACGAGGACGGCAUAGUUGGCUUACGGAUCUUCUCAGCCGAGCAUCGUGGCGGCUCGUCGCUGCUGGAUGAGGCGCAGCCUUUUCGAACGUAUCGUGCGGCGCGGGCGGCGCUGGUGGACCUGGCCUCGCCUGACGCGCUCGUUCGCAGCAUCGCCGACGCGAUCCUGGUCGCGCAGGACGAGGCGCUCGGCAGGCGGUGCACACUCGACGAGUUUGACAUCAAGCGGUCGAACGUGCUCGGCCCGCUCUCCGUGGUGCGCAACAAGCUGAGCGGCGUGUAGGGGAGGUGUUUACGCCGACGAUUCCGAGUCGUCGUCGUCGUCGUCGUCGUUGUCAUCGUCGUCGUCAGUGGCAUCGGCAGCUUCGGCAGAGGCCUUGGCAUCGGCAGCGACAGCCUCGGCGGCGGCAGUCUUGGCGGCGCGCGAGUGAGCGGACCGCGGUGCAAUCUCGGCGCUCGCCUUGGACGAGGCCGACUGCUGGGCGGCCUUGGCAGCCUUGGCCUUGGCGCGUUUCUGGGCGCGGGCGGCAUCCUUUUUGGAGAGCUCCUUCUUGACGAGAGCGUCGUAGUCGGCGCGCUCGGCUGCGGCGCGCGUCUCAUGGUCGGCGCGCUCGCUCGAGUGGAGGCUCUCCCAAUCAGCGUUGAGGCGGUCAAAGACGGCGACGAGGUCGAGCGGCGCGCCCGGCUCGGUGUCGGCGAGAACGGCGCGCGCAGCGCGCUCGCGGUUGUUGUCAAAGUAGAUGGAGCGGGCGGAGCGCGGGAGGGCAAUGCCGGCCGGGAUGGCAUCGGCGUGGAUGUAGGCAUUGUGCGGGAAGCGGACCUUGUAGGUGGCGAGCUUUGCGGCGUAGGCCUUCUCUUCCUCCUUGGCGCGGGCAAUGUACUUGGCCUUGUCCUCGUCCGAGGUGUUUGUCCAGGCCACCUUGCGGGCCUCCUUGUAGGACAUGGCGUGCUCCUUUGCGUAGUCGACGGUGGCAAGGUGGUCCGGCCGCGGCGGACGCUUGGGUUUGAACGGGUCGGCGGUCGUCCGCUGGCCGGGGUGCAGGCGGAAGAAGGCCUCGAGCUGGACGAGCUCAAUUGCAGCGAGGCGGGCGUGCUCAGCCUCAAAUGGCUCGCGGUCCAUGGCUGGAAGCGACUCGAAGCGCUCCUUGCCCUCGGCGAGCUUGGAUCGGUACUCGGGCGUGGUCACGUUGAGCGAGGCGAGCUCGGGGUAGAGGUGGCGAGCAAAGAGCUCCGCUGCCGGCUUGGCCCGCUUUGGCCGCCGAAUGGCGGCGCGGGUCUUGCGGGUCCGGCCGGUGCCGCGCGUGAUGGCAGCGGCAAGAACCGGCGGGAAGAGGUCGCCAUCCACGCCCGGCCCGUCGAUGGCGGCCUUCUCCAGCGCGCCAGGCGCGUAGUACGGGAACUUGUCAAUAAAGGCCUCCAGAACUGCC